AAACCUGUGGUCUGUCAAAUUUACUGUGCGAGUGAUGUUAUGUAAAUAAUGAUAAUAGGGAAGAACGUGAGUUGUUCGCUCAAAUUAAACACACAAUGUUGCAUAGGUAACGCAAGGUUUUGAAGUACAGGGCAAUGUUGUUCUGUGUCAAUACAGUUUUCAUCUUUUGUAAGGCAAUGUGUAAAAGAACGAUAUCGGCAGGAAAAAAUAAAAUGAUUCCAGAGGACAUUUUUAAUUAUUUCUGAGAGAGAUCUUUUGAAAUUAUAAAUCUGUUUAGAAAUGCAAGCUUUAACGUCAUUCACGAAGAAAUCAUACUUUAUUUGGAACAAAUAGCUGGUAAAUGUAUUCGAAGGUGUACGAACAACCUAAGAAAGAGCAACUGAUGAUGGUGCUUAAUAUGCAACCCACUGCUAGUCGCUUCACGACGUCAUUAAAUCCUUAAUAUCGUUCACGUACAACCAAAGUUUAUGCACAAAAUUGAAAUAUUCUUCGCAUAAAAAUUAUUCCAUAUAGAUGUAAUAGCCAUUUUUAGCAUGGAAAAGCUGCUUUCUUCAAGACGUACAAAAUAUAUGUGAUAAGGACAGUUUAGAUUAGGCGACAUUUUCGAAGAAUAUGGAUGCUUAAGAAUUUUUUUUAAGAUAAACGAAGUUUCUUAUAUUUUAUGUAUACAACUAUUAAACCACUAGGAAUACUGUUAUUUUGAACCAGUAUUUAUAACUGUAGAUUAUACAAAUAUUCUAAAAAUAAAAUUUCAUCGUUUCAAUUAAUUAUUGAAGCUCAAAAAGAGAAUCUUUCCAAAUUUUAGAAUUAUAUAAAUAAUAAAUUUCUCAAGAAAAUACGUAUAACUCUUGAGAUUUGGGCUCAGAAUAUUCUUUAUUAUAUUUCUGUUGCUGGAUCGUGUGCAUAUCAUUUUAUAUUUGAUCUUUCAAGCUGCACAAUGGUUCUUAAUUAGUUUUGCUUUAAACAGCGAAUUAAAUGAUUUUGACGAUGAUCAACAAGAUAUAUACUGCACACCACUGCCAUUUUCAAAAGUUAAAAACACUGUUAUAAAUGCAUAGAUUAAUACGUAUUUUAUGUACGUUAUCUUUAACGUCAUUUAUGAGCUUUAAAAUUAAAUUAUUCUAGAAAUGCAUUAAUAAGACGAUACGAAAUGGUAGCCCUGCUAUUAUUCAUGUUUGCCACUGUGGUGGCAUUGAUAUUAUUUGACAAAUAUGAGGAAGAGCAUGAAGUGCAAAAUCAGAAUUCACGUCCCUUCACGGAAGAACCUCGUGCAGAACGAGAUUACAGCACAUGCAGCAUCUUCACGGUUCUGGGCUUCACCCGAGAUGAAGUGAGAUCAUUCACAGCUUUUAGGGACCACUUCCGGAGCUAUGCUGAAGUGACCGGAGCUAUGCGACGAGCGGGCCUCGAUCGUAUGCGACUCAUUGUGGGCAUCGACUUCAGUGCCAGUAACGAGUGGCAAGGCCGCAGAAACUUCAAAGGUGAAUUGCUCCAUUCACUGAAAGGCAGUGCAGUCUUCAACCCUUAUCAGAAAGUAUUACAUAUGUUAGCUCCAGCUUUGUCACCUUUCUUGCACAAUCAACCUAUUCAUGCUUAUGGCUUCGGUGACGUCAGGACUAAGGACUAUGACGUGUUUCCUUUGAGACCUUCAGGAUCUACAUGCCCCGAUAUUGCCGAUGUAUUAGAUGCUUACAAUCACAGCGCACGAAGAGUAAGUUAUUUUGCAGUUGAUAAAUUAAUAUUUACGCCUUCUGUUACAUAA